UCAUUUUAACUAAAAUUUAGCCCCUCUUUCGCUCCAGAAUCCCCUCUACUCCUCCAGCUACCCUCCAGCCACCCUCAACCCUCGCCAGGACAAUUCCUUUGGUUCAUCUUUCUGUCAUUGUCAUUUGCAAGCUUCUCACUUGGAGAUUUUACCGAAGGGAGGAAAAGAGACCGCGAAUUUGUCACCCCCAGAGACUUUAUCGUCCCCCACACUCGCUAAACUCGUCGACUCUCUACAGAACUACACUCCGCUACGAUUAUUAUCUCAUUUGCCGGCGCGAAGUACACACGUGCUUUUUUUAGUGCGUCAUUUUUCCAAAUUUUUAAUUGUUUGUUAUUGAAUAUUAAUUUUAUUAUAAAUUGUCGUCAAACAGAUCAACAAUGACAACGACCACGGGGGAUCCAUCAAGCCUAAAAACACCAUCCAGCCUCUCGGGGGGUGAUUUAGUAUCCAGACUACUAGCCGCAACCCCACCGUACCUUUACAACGUCCCGUUAACACCUCACAGCUUCUUCUUCAGCGAGAUGCUAAGGUCUUUUGUCCAAGCCAAGGCUUCUUCUUCUUCAGAAGCUCCUCCAGCAACAACUCCUUCUUCUUCAGCAGUCGCGAAUAAUUUAUCAAACAAUCGCAGACGAAAACGCUCUUGGAGAGACGCCAGAGAACGUCCUUUAGAGCUUACCAAGGACAAAAGUGUCUUAAAUGACUCUAAAUAUUUUCACCAAGAAUUAUCUCCUGAAAAUAAUCGGUACAGAUCUGCAGCAGCAGCAGCAGCUGCUGCUGCUGCUGCUGAGUAUGAAGAAAAAAAUCAGGGACAAAAUAUUGAAGAAAAAAAUCAAAAUCAAUUCGAACCUUUGAAGCCUGUUGAUGAAAAUCGGGAUUUUUUGAAGAAUAGACACUUUUUUGAUGAUCCUUCUCGAUUAUUUAAUAAUAAUAAUAUCAAUAAUAAUAGUAAUAAUAAUAAUAGUAAUAGUGAAGAAAAUUUAGAAGAAAAUCGCAAAGAAUCUGGACUUGGAUUUGCAGAAGGGGAAAAAAAUUCUAAAUUAGAUUUCAAAAAUCAAAAUUACACCUUACCUGCUACAAAUUCAGAGUUCACUCCUUCGCCAUUUUGGUACCCACCGUACCCAAUUCCGCCGCAGUACCCUGGGAUAGACCCCCUGCACUUCUUCAUCGACUUACGUGUGUCCGGACACAUCUGGGACCGGAAGGUUAACAGUGAACGGCAGCCGAUUUUCAAAAACAAACACUGCUCCGCGUUUAGUGUACCGCAAACUGCUAAAGAGUACAAUCGACCGCUUAAUUUGACUCGCGACGAGGCCGGGGCCUGUAAGAAUAAGGAGAAUUAUAGGGGCACUCAUUUUAUUUUUAAAAAUUUGACCAAGACUUACCGGGAUAUUGAGAGUAAGAGCAAUAGGGAGAAAUGUGAUAGCAAGAAUGAUGAAGCCGUCGGUAGCUCAUCACAGCAAGACAGAGAAAGAGCGUCACCGUCAACUUUUAAAGAAGACAACGAAGAUGUUUCUUCCGGAACAACUGGGAGUAAAAAAGACAUACGUGCUCUUAUUGGGUUAGAACUUGUUGUCGACUAUGUUAAGGAACCGAAAGAAGAGCCCCAGCCGCAGUCACCCACCAAUAACAUAUAAAUUGUUAUUAUAAUUAAUUAUAAAUAUGUAUUUUAAAAUCUUAGAAAUUAUAAAUUAAUUAAUAACUAAAUAUUGGAUAAUUAAAUUACGUGCAAUUUUAUUUGUAUUUAUUUUGUGAUCUGUAAAUAAUUAUUAUAAUUAUGUGCAAUCUAGGUAAAUUAUAAGUAUGUAUAAUUGAAUUAUAUAAAAAUAAAGAAACUUUAAUUUAAAAAA